AUGGGAGCACAAUUAAAUCCAACAAUGACAGACAUUGCAGAGCAAUGCAAGUUAGCUUCAAAAGUUAGAUGUAAACUUAAUGAAUGUGGUAAUCCUUCCUCUGGAAAUGGAAGAAAAAAAUCCUUUGAUUUAAGAGUAUUAGUAGGCCAUGCUAAUCUACUAGAUAGAGUAAUGGAUAACAUAUUAUACUGUAACAGAGUUCAAUCAAAAUCCUUCCCAGAGAAUAGCGAUAUUAAUGAAAACGAAAUUGAAGAAUCGACUCAAGUUAUUAUGAACAAACCUAUUUUGCCACUUUCAAAAUCUUUAAAGUUAUCUGAUCUAGAUAAUAAAGUAGAAUUCUCUCCAUUGUAUUGUGACAACAAAAUUGAAGAAGAUGCAAUUCAACUUGAACAAGAGCUAGAUAUUUGUGAUGAAGACGAUGAUGAAAACGACUAUCUAGAAAAACCUGAAAAACAAGAGGAAAAUGUAGAUGAUGAUUCAAAUGAUUCAUAUGAUUCCGAUGAAUUUGAUUCAAACAAUUUUGACUAUGAAGACACAGACUAUGAUUAUGUAGAAGACUCUGAUUCUACAUUAGUACCACUUUUGAAAUACAAUACUGACAUUACAAAAGAUAAUUUAAUAGAUCCUAUUUCUCCAUCAUCUGCAUUUACACUUUCAAAUCCAAAUUACAGUUACUUACCAGUUCAAAAUAAUCCAUACGAGGGAGAUAAUGAUACUGAUAAAGAUGAUCUAUCUCUACCAAACUUUAAAAGAGUCGAUCGUUCAGUACAUGCAUGA